CUUCGCCCUCUUGCCCCUGCCCCGCCCCGCCCCGCCCACCUCGCUUGCUAGUUCCCAAUCUUCUCCGGUUCUCCGCCACCACCCCAUUUUCAAAGCUUUCUCCUUCGUGUUAGGGUUAGGGUUAGGGUUUACAAUCUCGAUCGGGAAGCCACGGCGAUGCGAAGCUCCCUCCUUUCCCUCCGCCUCCUCCGCUCCGCUCGCCGGACACCUCUGGUGGGCGGCGCCCGCGCCCCUCUCCCGCUUCUCCGCGAAACCCCUUCUUCCCCCGGCCCGAAUCCGCCGUUCUCCGACUCGCCGAUCACCGGUCCUUUCGGAUGCCGGUUCUUCUCCAGCCGCCCCGCGAGCGCCGUGGGGAAGAGCAAGAGCUUGAUCGAGGACGAGGCCGAGCUUAGCGAUUGGAUCAGCGAUCUCAAGACCGAUUCAUUUCGGUUGGGAUUGAGCAGCGAUGGCGAUGUUUCGGACUCUGAUCGACGCAGAAGUGGUAAAGGUAGCAGAGGAAGGGAUAGAGGUGGUGGAGUUAAGGCUCGAGAUGGGGGGAGGGAUAGGGUUUCUUCGUCGGGUAGAAAGGGGGGAUCAUUGAGCAGGGGAUGGGACAGUGAUUCGGAUGAGUUCUCCGGGUUCUCAGAUAGGAGAAAGCUGAGGAAUUCAAGAGAUUCGGUACCAAAGAGGGGUUUUGAUAGUGAUUUGGAGGAUGAGGACGAUGAGGAAGAGGUAGAAACUAGGUUUUCCUCUAAACUAGGGAGGGGGCGUGCGGGACGAGGAAGGGUAUCUUUAGCAUCGGCACGGAGAGGAGGGAGAGACGCCGUCUCAGAUAGGAGAAAGCUGAGGAAUUCGAGAGAUUCGGUACCAAAGAGGGGUUUUGAUAGUGAUUUGAGGGAUGAGGACGAUGAGGAAGAGGUAAAAACUAGGUUUUCCUCUAAACUAGGGAGGGAUCGUGGGGGACGAGGAAGGGUAGCAAACCGGAGAGGAGGGAGAGACACUGAUUACGGUAGUAAGCCAGCUCGUGGUGGGAGAAAGUUGGAUUUUGGUUUAUCCAAUGAGGAUGAGGAAGGAGAGGAUGAAGAUGAUGGUUUUUCUGGCUUUGAAGAUGAUUUUUUUGGCGACAAGGAAGGCAAGAAGGAAGGGCCUUUGAAAGAUGAGUUUAAGAACUUCAGCUCCAAGGAGCCAGCUGAAGGUGAUAGUACAUUGAAGAAAAGGCCAGAGGCAGAAAGUGAUUCUUACCUGAGCCCAACUAGGUUUGAUGAAUGCUCUCUCUCGCCUUUGACAUUGAAAGGAGUUAAAGCUGCUGGAUAUGAGAGGAUGACUAUAGUGCAAGAAGCUACCCUUCCAGCGAUCCUCAAAGGUAAAGAUGUUCUUGCAAAAGCAAGGACAGGAACAGGGAAGACUGUAGCCUUUUUGCUUCCAGCGAUUGAGCUGGUUUCCAAAUUGCCUCCUGUUGAUCGUGAUAAUAGAAGGCCCCCGAUCAAUGUACUUGUUGUGUGCCCAACUCGUGAGCUUGCAGAUCAAGCUGCUGCAGAAGCUACCAAACUUCUGAAGUUUCAUCCAUCAAUUGGUGUACAGCUUGUUAUAGGCGGAACAAGAUUAGCUUUAGAGCAGAAACGCAUGCAGACUAACCCCUGCCAGAUUCUUGUUGCCACACCUGGAAGGCUUAGAGACCAUAUUGAGAACACACCAGGAUUUGCAACUCGGCUGAUGGGUGUGAAAGUACUUGUUCUUGACGAAGCUGAUCGUUUAUUAGAUAUGGGGUUUCGAACUGAUAUUGAAAAAAUAGUUGUUGCUCUCCCAAAACAACGUCAAACACUUCUCUUUUCAGCUACAGUUCCCGAUGAGGUUCGUCAAAUAUGUUACAUUGCUAUGAAAAGAGACCUCGAGUUUAUUAAUACUGUUGAAGAGGGGAGUGAGGAGACACACUCACAGGUUAAACAAAUGCAUUUAGUUGCACCAUUGGAAAAGCACUUCUCAAUGCUCUAUGGUAUUCUGACUGACCAUAUUUCAGAAAAUGUUGAUUACAAGGUUAUUGUAUUUUGUACAACCGCUAUGGUAACAAAGCUUGUGGCUGAGCUCCUAGGUGAAUUGAGAUUAAAUGUACGAGAGAUCCAUUCAAGAAAACCUCAGACUUACAGAACUAGGGUAUCCAAAGAGUUCAAGGAGUCAAAAGGUCUUAUCCUUGUAAGUUCUGAUGUAUCUGCCAGAGGAGUAGAUUAUCCCGAUGUCACACUUGUUAUACAGUUGGGGGUGCCCCCUGACAGAGAACAAUAUAUACAUCGACUAGGGAGAACUGGCCGGAAAGGUAAAGAAGGAACAGGCAUCUUGAUGUUGGCACCAUGGGAAGAAUUCUUCCUGCGAAGCAUCAAAGACUUGCCAAUUGCUGAGUCUCCGGUGCCAUUGAUUGAUCUUGACACCAGGAGGAAGGUUGAAAGGGCUCUAGCACAUGUGGAGAUAAAGGACAAAGAAUCAGCAUAUCAAGCAUGGCUUGGUUACUAUAAUUCAAACAAGAACAUCGGCCGAGACAAAUACCAGCUCAUAGCAUUGGCAAAUGAGUUUAGCCAGAGCAUGGGCCUCAAUAAUCCUCCUGCCAUACCCAAACUUGUACUCAGAAAGAUGGGGCUUAACAAUAUUCCUGGCCUGCGAUCAAAAUAGUUCGUAGUAUGCCCACGAUACAAUAUUUACCAUUUUUUGAUAGCUUACUUUUUGUUGACUUCAUAGGAAAUUGUUGUUCCUCUCCAAAUAGAACUAAGAGUAUAUGGUGGUUACUCGUCUAACAAAUUCAUUCGGCAACUUGGUUGACUUAUAUGUUGUAUGAUUUGAGGUUUCUUCAAACCGGGAGGAUCCUCUAGUUGAUGGAAGGUCCAUGAGGGCUUAGUAUUUU